UUUCGGUCACAGUCGUAUACAGAAAUUCCAUUCUUUAUUAUUUCUUUAAUUUCCCCUUAUUGUCAAUGAAAACCAUAAAAAAUUGAAAAAAUGUCAAAACUUAUUAAAGGUUUUAUCUGCGCGUAUAGCUAAAAAAAACAGGAUCCAUCAGUAAACUUGUGUUUUUAUUUCGUUUUAUUAGAUGAUAAUGUGGCUCGUGUGCGUGUUUACCAACACAAUAUAUGUCAAAAACGAGUAGGCACGAUUGUACUUGUUUUUCCCUCUCUCUCUCUUUCCGGCUCUUCGUUCGAGAAUCAAUAUCUCAUUUUUAGAUAAUAAUGAUGUUUCGUCACUAAAAUUUUUGCCGCGGAAUUGACGUGCAACGAUUCGUUUGAAAAUAUUUUUGUCUCCAUCGUGAUACCAAUGUUUUGUAUCAAAAAUGAAUUUCUCAGCAAAUUUUAUUUUUUUAUUUUAUACGUGUUUUCACUGUCUCACGGUGCUACAAGCCUUGUGCCGGAUGCCAGUCAGGAAGGAUCGCUUCAUGCUUUUAAAAGUUACAGCGAUGUUGCAACCUUUCAUUAUACAGUUCCUAAAGAGGUGCUUAGAGCUACGUGGCAAUUUGCUGCUUUUAUGGAUGGGAAAAAUUGUAUACCUCGAAAAGUUCAUAUAUACCUUCAAUCGGGUAGUUAUCCAAUUAUCAAUGCAAAUAAUGCAACUUUCCCAUCUCAUAUGAAUUCAGAGAGAAAUAAUACAAUAAGACUAUCGACUAUGACUACUUAUGAUGCAAAAACUACAGCUGUCGUACCUGUGAACAGUCCGGAGCCAGGGGACUGGUUCGUCGGUGCUUACAUGUCUCAUUGGGACGAAAAAGUUCAGCAACAAGGCCUAGGUCACAAAUGCCGCUACAGUAUUGGCUCUGUAGCAAUUUGGCUACAAACUAAUGGUAUGCAAACCAUUCCGAUGGGUUACAAAAAAAAGAUGAGAACUAUGGAACCGUCUAAUUAUUACAAAAUUUAUAUACCCUCGGGAACGUGGCAUUUUCGUGUCACAAUCUCCGGUUGUAAGCCUGUUUUUCGUACGAGCAAUGAGACGUCGGAUCUUUGUAUCCGUGGAUUGGCACUUGAAGGACGAGUAUUGCCAAUUUUCAAUCAUACACAUGGUACUUUGAUAGGAAAUUUAACGAGUAGUGGUACUUACAAUUUCACGGAGUACUCUCCAUACGAAGAUAGCUAUUAUUAUUUGCUCGUGGUGUCCGAUACUGUGAUAACUUUUGACGUCAAAGUCACUACUUACGAGUGUCCCGUUAAAAUAACCGAAAACAUGUUUCUACGACCUUUGACUAUCGGGAAUGUAAGCUCUCGUAGAAACAACUAUCGUGUACAGAAAACUGUCUUCGAACCCUCUGAUGAAGAUGAAAUUAUAAGCGAUGAUCCAUGCGUUCGCCGAUUCCAACUUGUCAGAGUGAAACAGCUGCAAACGUUCUCCGGUGUAUAUUUGUUCCAGGGCAGAGAAUGGUUGACACCUUGGAUAAUGCUGAGUGAUUCGUCCCUCGUGAUCGCACAGUUUGACGUUCUUCCACUGAUCGAUGUUGGUGGCACACUCGACAUAACAAUUCACCUGGAAACUGAUAAAUUAAUGACUAAACAAUUAGUUACAAUAAAAGCCUGCGUCAAACAAGGUCGCAAACCCGACAGAAUCAACGGCGAUGUGCGAUGUCCUGACAAAGCCAUGCAACUUAAUCUAUCCUCUAACGACAGAAGAGGCUCAAAUCUUUUGAUUCCGUAUCCUCAACCCGAUACGUGGUACAUUACGCUUCAAGCACGAUGUUCCUUCAACGGGUUCCCCGUGCAUUGCGAAAGUACAGAAAUUCUCGUUUCACUCGACGUUCAUACGAGGCCAUGCGUUUUUUCGGGUCUUCACUCGUGUGGACCUUACGGAGUUUGUCAAGAAAUUCACAAGGGGCUUUUGCAUUAUACAACGUGCAAUUGUUUCGGAGGUUACAGAGGUUGGGGCUGUACAGACUCGACAGGCGUUAAUCCUCGGGUCUCCAUCUUUCUGUCGUCUUUCCUGUUGACCUUCAGCAACGGUUUCUUUCUCCCAGCGAUUUAUAUCGCUGCUAAACGAAGGUUGUUCACCGAGGGUCUCGUUUAUUCAGCUACAAUGCUAUUUUCCUCACUCUACCACGCUUGCGAUCAACAAUUUAUGACUUAUUGCAUCGCUAAAUACGAGGUCCUGCAGUACUGCGAUUUUUUCUCGAGCAUUCUUGCAUUUUGGGUGACUCUCGUUGCAAUGGCAAAAUUACCAAUACAAUUAGUAUCGGUUUGUCACAUGUUCGGAGUUCUCAUAAUCGCGUUCGGGGUCGAAUCGGAUAGAACCGGAUUGUCAAGUAUUUUGGUGCCUCUUGCUAUCGGAAUAAUGAUACCGAUUAGUGCUUUCUUUUUCCGUUACUACGAAUCCCGUAAAUUGAGGCGACCGAAAAACUUGUGGAAAUUAUUGACCGGCCUCAGUCUCGCGAGCUUGGGACUUGUGAUUUUCGUCUCUGUUGAAACCGAGUCGAAUUACGAUUACGUUCACAGCGUAUGGCACAUGCUCAUAGCAUUGUCACUGGUCUUUUUGUUGCCCUCGGUACGGAAGAAACGAGUUACAUCUUUGAACGACAAUUCGCCGAGUGGUUCGGACAGCGAAUUGAUAGACUACAAAAAUCCACCAGGAAGCCCAGUAUUUACUAUAGAAUCGAGCGAAGAUUAUCUGACGAUAAGUGCGAGUUGAUGAAGAAUUUGUUUCUUCGAAAAGACGAUGAGACAUCAUCAGGGUAAAAGUUAAUUCCACGAGCUCUUAUUUCUCGAGUUACUAGUUCUUGCGUUUUUUUUCCCAUAGUAUCGUGAACGAUUCCGUGUGCCAAAACAUAAAAAAAAAAGUAAAGCAAUUGUAAUCGACAGCGGAGAGUCGAAGCCGAUGCAAGUUUAGUAAAUACUCAUAUGCCAAAGUGUUUUCACGUUUUUCAUAUACGUGUCUCGUAGAGAUUUUACAAUCGAGUUUUUCAAGUGAGAGACUUUAUGAAAAAAAAGAGCGAAAGAACAUCUUUCCUGAAAAAAACUACUCUUGACUCAAUAGCAUUUAGGAAAA